AUGGCCCGGCGCCCCCCUUCGCUGCUGCGCCUCCUCCUCCUCCUCCUCUUCCUCCUCUUCCUCCCUCCGCUGCUGCAGAGCCGGGGCUGCUCGCCUUGUUUCUGGUUCGCCACGCCGGACACGGUGCAGUGCCGCUUCGUGGUGCUGCAAGAGCCGCCGGCGGAGCUGCCGUCCGCGGUGCGCAACUUGACCGUGGUGGGCGCCAACCUGACCGUGCUGAGCCGGGCGGCCUUUGCGGGCGGCUGGGAGCCUCGGGGUUGGGCUCGACGACCCUUGCUCCACUUAACGUUGCUGGCGUUGCUCCGGAGCGGCAUCGAAACGCUGGAAGAAGCGGCUUUCGCCGGGCUGCCGUCCUUGGCCGCGCUGGAUUUAAGCCACAACCCGCUGCGCCGCGUCUCGCCCGGCGCUUUCCUCUUCUGCGCCCGCUUGCACCGGCUCGGCCUCAACGGGGCGCUGACGGACGGACGGACGGCCGAAGAAGUGCUGGGCUCGGCUCUGGCCAACCUCAGCCUUGCGCGGCUGGAGCUGGCCGGCAACGGGCUGCGCGCCCUGCCCGCCGGCUGGGCGCUGCCGGCUUCUUUGCAAGAGCUGGACGCGCGCAACAACUCGCUCCGGGCGCCGCGGCCCGACGGGCUGGCCGCGCCUCUGCUGCGCUUGCAGCUGGCGGGCAACCCCCUGACUUGCGACUGCCCCGCUCUGCGACCGCUGCUGCUCUGGCUGGGCAACGCCACGUGGCGGGCGCCGGAUCGGAGGGAGCUGCGCUGCGCCGACCCUCCGCAGCUGCGGGACGCGCUGGUGCUGCGCCUCCGGCCCCGCCAGCUUCAGUGCCUGGAGGAAGGGGCGGCUUGGGAGCUGCUGGAGCCCGUCGGCGGGCCGGAGCCGAAGGAGCUGGAGACCGUCUCCUACGUCUUCCUGGGCAUCGUGCUGGCAUUGAUCGGCUUGGUUUUCUUGAUGGUGCUUUACCUGAAUCGACGGGGCAUUAAACGGUGGCUGAACAACCUGCGGGAAGCCUGCCGGGAUCAGAUGGAGGGGUACCAGUAUCGCUACGAGCAGGACAGCGACCCCAGGCGGGCCAGCCCGGGGGGCCUCUGA